AUGGUGGAUAGGCAGGGCGCACUAUACACCAUGUUGGAGGAAAAAGCCCAGCUCCAUUGGUGGCGAUCCCAAGCCGCCCGCUUCCUCCUCCGCUGGCCCUCCCUCCACCUCUGCCACGUCAUCAACCGCGAGCGCCAUGUCAGCACCGGGCUCCACGUGGCUGCCAGCCUGGCACCCGCCGUCGCUGCCCAAGCGUAUCUCUUCCACUCCCUCUCAUCCGGUAACUCUCCUACCUUCCACCCUGCUCCCUUGCAUUCCCUUCCGUUCCUUGUUCCCUUCCAUUCCCUUCCGUUCCUUGUUCCCUUCCAUUCCCUUCCGUUCCUUGUUCCCUUCCAUUCCCUUCCGUUCCUUGUUCCCUUGCAUUCCCUUCCAUUCCUUGUUCCCUUCCAUUCCCCAGCCCUUCCAGCAGCAUCUGGAGGAGCACGAUUGGCCCUCCUACACUCCACUCUCACCCACAACCCACCUGCUCUGCUGCCUUCUGCUGCUCAUUCUUAA